UUAGGAGCCCUGGUGUGUGCGUUUGGUCUAACACCACACACCCCACCUCACAACUACAUUUCCCAUGUACUUAAAAAGUUAAGCUGAUCUUGACUCAGGGGUAUUACUGUGCCACUUGUGUCUUUCUGUAAGUGACAACUGGUUCAUAUCACUGCAGGAGGAACUCAAGCCUGCACUUAAUCUCAUUAAAGAAAAACUGAAGACGUUUACUGAGAAUGAACAAGUGUGUAAGAAAACCGCAGAACAUAUUCGGAGUCAAAUGCAGCACACAGAGGGGCAGAUAAAGGCAGACUUUGAAAAGCUGCACCAGUUCCUACGAGAGGAAGAGGAGGCCAGACUAGCUGUACUGAAGGAGGAAGGAGAGGUGAAGAGUCGGAUCAUGGAGGAGAAAUUGGCAGACAUCACAAGACACAUCUCCACCCUUACAGACAAAAUCACCGCUAUAGAGAAGGCCAUGGGCACUGAAGAUGCCUCCUUUUUAAAGAGCUACCAGAACAUCAAAGACAGAGCCCAGUGCACACUGCAGGACCCAGAGCUGCUCUCAGGGGCACUGAUAGAUGUGGCCAAACACCUGGGCAACCUGACGUUCAGAGUCUGGGAGAAGAUGCUGGGGAUGGUGCAGUACACUCCUGUGAUGCUGGACCCCAACACUGCAAGUGCCUAUCUCUCUCUCUCUGAUGAUCUGACCACUGUGAGAUGCACAGAUACAGCGCAGAACUGUCCUGACAACCCAGAGAGGUUUAACCCAAUUGUGAUUGUGCUGGGAUCUGAGGGGUUUGCCUCGGGGAAACACAGUUGGGAGGUGAAGGUUGGGAGUAAAACUGCCUGGGAUGUGGGAGUGGUGAAAGAGUCCAUCAUUAGGAAGGGAAGUAUAACACUCAGCACAGAGAAUGGAUUCUGGGUCUUUCUUCUGAGGAAUGGUGAGAAGUACCAAGCAGGAGAUACUGUGCUCACACUGAAGAGGAAACCCCAGAGCAUCAGAGUGCAGCUGGACUAUGACAGGGGGGAGGUGUCCUUCUUUGACUCCAGUGACAUGGCCCACAUUCACACUUUUGAAGACACGUUUACUGAGAGAUUGUUCCCAUACUUCUCUCCUCAUUUGAAAGAUGGUGGUAGGAAUGAUGCCCCCCUGCAAAUAUGUCCCGCAAAGGUUUCUGUAACAGUGACAUCAUCCCAGUGA